AGCCCGGAUAAAUUGCAACGGAAGAGUGUGUGUGAGUGUGUGCGUGAGCAUAAAUAUCAACAGCAAAAGGAACAACAAAAACUAAAAUAAUCGGGACCGCAAGCGAUUUCAACAAAAUGGUGGUUUUAGAAACUGCCAGCGCCCUACUGGGCGGGCCAUACGCCCAGGGCGCACCCGCCCUGAAAAUGGUGCAAAAACGCUACAUUGGAUUACAUCAAUGGCUGGGACCUAUACGCAAAGAGCUAAAGGAGCAUAUUGUAGGUGACAAUGUAAGUUCAAGUCCUGCCAAAGGCGUUCUCAAUUAUUUGACCAGACAUUGCGUAAGUGACGAUGUGCUUUCGCUUGCUUUGAGUCAGAAUCAACAACUCUUUCGCUCACAGAAUCCGGGUUUAGCGGCUGCGGCCGCUGCAGCCACAUCGGCAGCAAGUGCAGCGGCUGCAGCCGGCGCUGCACCACCUGGCGCACCCAAUGGCACAAUGCAGGCAUCGCAGCAACAGCAGCAGCAACAGAUGCAAAUGGCCGCCGCUUCUCAGCAAUUUUUGGCGCAACAGAAUGCAGCAUAUGCCGCACAGCAGGCGGCCCCGUAUGUCAUCAAUCCCGGACAGGAGGCGACACCGUAUCUGGGCAUGAUUGCCGCGGCUCAAAUGCCACCGUAUUACAACGUCGCGCCCUGGGGCAUGUAUCCGGGCAAUCUGAUACCGCAGCAGAGCACACAGCCGCGCCGGCCGCUGACACCCUCGCAGCAGGGUGCCGAGAAUCAGCCCUAUCAGGUCAUACCGGCCUACUUCGAUCAGAGUGGCUCGCUUGUGAUGGGACCCCGCACCGGUACACCCAUGCGUCUGGUUAGUCCCGCCCCCGUGCUGGCGGUGCCGCCGGGUGCAACACGUGCCGGUCCGCCGCCGCCCCAGGGCCCACAACUGUAUCCACCACAGCCCCAGACGGCUCAACAGAAUCUCUACUCACAGCAAAACGGCUCCAGUGUCGGAGGCCUUGCACUCAACACGAACUCAUUGACCGGUCGUCGCGACUCGUUCGAUCGCACCACAUCUGCGUUCAGCCCCUCGGCCAUGGACUACACCACGAGCAGCGUCGCCGCCGCCAAUGCGGUGAACAGCAGCGUGGCUCAAGCCGCUGCAGCUGCUGCGGCUGCAGCGCGAGCCAAGUGGCCCGGCGCCAUGUCGAAUAGCAACGCAUACGGAGCGCUGGGCGCAGCGGGAGUCAAUGCCUCGGCCAGUCCGUUGGGCGCACCGUUGACACCGCCGCCGACUGGCCAGUCCUGCCUGAUGGGCGGCAAUCGGGCGCCCGGCGCCGAGUCGCGCCAACGCCAGCAGCUGGCGGUCGGUCUGCCGGCCACAGCGGCAGCGGCCCAGGCGGCAGUUGCGGCCGCAGCGAACAAUAUGUUCGGGUCGAACAGUUCGCUCUUCUCGAAUCACUUGGCGCUGCCGGGCACAACGCCCGCCGCCGUGGCCGCUGCCGUGGCGAACUCAAGGCAGGUGGCCGCCGCUGCUGCGGUGGCUGCUGCUGCUGCCGGUGCAACCGGCGCACCACAGCCGGGCAGGUCGCGCCUGCUGGAGGAUUUCAGGAAUCAGCGGUAUCCGAACUUGCAGUUGCGCGAUCUGAGCAACCACAUUGUGGAGUUCUCGCAAGAUCAGCAUGGCUCACGCUUCAUCCAGCAGAAACUGGAACGGGCCACAGCCGCCGAGAAGCAAAUGGUCUUCAAUGAAAUUCUGGGCGCCGCCUACAGCCUGAUGACAGACGUGUUUGGCAACUAUGUAAUUCAGAAGUUCUUUGAGUUUGGUACUCCAGAGCAGAAGAACACGCUUGGCAUGCAGGUCAAAGGUCACGUGCUGCAGUUGGCGCUCCAGAUGUACGGCUGUCGCGUGAUCCAGAAGGCGCUGGAGAGCAUUUCUCCUGAGCAACAGCAAGAGAUCGUUCACGAACUGGACGGACAUGUCCUCAAGUGUGUCAAAGAUCAGAAUGGCAACCAUGUCGUGCAGAAAUGCAUCGAAUGCGUCGAUCCCGCUGCACUGCAGUUUGUCAUCAAUGCGUUCAAGGGUCAGGUCUAUUCGCUGAGCACACAUCCCUAUGGCUGCCGGGUCAUUCAACGCAUCCUCGAGCACUGCACACCCGAGCAGACCACGCCCAUUUUGGACGAAUUGCACGAGCAUACAGAGAACCUGAUCCAAGACCAAUAUGGCAACUAUGUCAUUCAGCACGUUCUAGAGCAUGGCAAGCAGGAGGACAAAUCGAUACUGAUUAACAGCGUGCGUGGCAAGGUGCUGGUGCUGUCGCAACACAAGUUUGCCUCGAACGUGGUGGAGAAGUGUGUGACACAUGCCACGCGCAGCGAGCGCACGGGUCUGAUCGAUGAGGUGUGCACAUUCAAUGACAACGCCUUGCACGUCAUGAUGAAGGACCAGUAUGCCAACUAUGUGGUGCAGAAGAUGAUUGACGUGUCGGAGCCGACGCAGCUGAAGAAGCUGAUGACCAAGAUACGACCCCACAUGACCGCCUUGCGCAAGUACACCUAUGGCAAGCACAUCAACGCCAAGCUAGAGAAGUACUACAUGAAGAUAACGAAUCCCAUAACUGCUGCCACGGCCAGCGUCGGUGUUACCAGCACUGCCAGCACAUCAGCAACCACAACAGUGGCCGCCAUCAGCAGCAGCAGCAGCAGCAACACCAACACCAACAGCAGCAACAGCAACAGCAGCAUCAGCAACAGCAGUGCAACCGGUACCACCGUGGCCACGCCCUCCUCAACAUCUAUUGUGGCCGGCAGUGCUGUGACCACAACCACCAACAGCAUCGGAUCGCCGAGCAUCUGUGCCGUGCAGGAGAACGGGAGCAUCUCGAUGGCCGAGCCGACAUCGCCAGCCAUCUCAGAGUCGUCCGGCACUGUGGGAGUGAGCUCCGCCCUUGGUCCCAUUGGACCACCAACAACAGCCAACGGAGUGUUGUAAAGUGACGAAAUGCGGCGCGUUAACGAAUUUUAGUUUUUAGUCUCUGGAUGAAGAAGAAGAUGGAGAAGCAAAAGGAGUACGACAAGAAUAGCAUAAAAAGCAAAGCGAAUGCAUACUAUAAAUAUUAUAAACAAAAAUAUACAUAUAUAUAUAUAUACACACACAUAAAAUACUAACUAUAAUACAAAGAAAUGUAAUGUAAUUUAUUUAUAAACACAACGCAGAAGAACAAAGCUGCAGAAAGAUAAAUCAACACAAAGAUUCUCAGCCCAAGAGCGGGUUGUGGAGAGAUCGACUCCCAAGAGGGGAGGAAUCGAUAAUUUGUAUAUUCAACUGUAACAAAAACCAACAACUAAAUAUGAUCGUUAAACGCUUUUGUAAAGUGCGUAAUACUAACACAUACACUGAAAGAAAAAAACACGCGAUGAGUUGAAUAGCUGCAAAUAAUUUGUGCGUUCAAUUUUAAUUGUUUCAUUUGUUGCAUCCCAGAAAAUAUGCGAGAAAAUAUUUUUAAAAUGCUGUCGAAAUGAAAACUUCGAGCUCGAGCAUAAAAAAUAAAAAGAAA